UGAUUUAAUUUUUUCUUUUUAAGUUCUUUUUACUUUGGCGUUUGUAGAAAAGGUAGAAAAUGACUAUUCGACCAGCUUAUAGACCUAAAAUUGUUAAGAAACGUACAAAGCGUUUCAUUCGCCAUCAAUCAGAUAGAUAUGCAAAACUAUCGUCGAAAUGGCGUAAACCAAAGGGUAUUGAUAACAGAGUUCGUAGACGCUUCAAAGGACAAUAUUUAAUGCCAAGUAUUGGUUAUGGAUCAAACAAAAGGACAAGACAUAUGUUACCAACAGGUUUUAAAAAGUUUUUGGUACAUAAUGUUAAAGAAUUAGAAGUUCUUUUAAUGCAAAACCGUGUUUAUUGUGCUGAAAUUGCCCAUGGGGUAUCAUCAAAAAAGCGAAAAGAUAUUGUUGAACGUGCAAAGCAAUUGUCGAUCAGAUUAACAAAUCCACAUGGACGUCUCCGUUCACAAGAAAAUGAAUAAACCAAUGUUUUUGAGCAAAAUAAAACAAUAAAAAAUUUAA